CUCAUUUAAAUUUGAACAAGUAAACUCUUGAUAUAGGAAACCCUAGUUUACUUUUCAAGGAGGGAAGGGAACAAACAAACAACUUUCACCAAUUCACCCUCUCCUGCAUUUCUCUUUCUUUUCACACAUUUUUCUUCCUACCCCAUCUUCUUCAAGUCCACCUUCAACUCAUCUCUCUCCACACACACACACUCUCUCUCUCAGUUGAAAAAUCUUGAUUUGAAAUUUCAAAACCUGGGUCUUUUUCUUUUUGUGAUUUUAAACAUACCCACAAAAGUUUAUUCAUUGGAAUCAUUAUUGUUCUUGAAAAUCAGAAGAUUCUGAUAAAUAAAGAACAAUAAAGAAUAGCUUGAAUAAUUUUGUAGAUAUCACAUUUUGAAAAAUUCCCUUUUGGUUACAUAUCUUGGGGGGUUAAUCUUGGAAGCUUUGGAAGGAGGAGGAGAUGAAUUAAAGUUAGGAACUUUUGCAAACCCUAGCCCUGAAAUUCAAGAAAUUGGAGGGAUUUUGUCUAAAGGGGGAAAUUGAAUUUGGGGCUUUGGUGAAAAAAUCUUGGGAAUUUUAAGAAAAUUAAUACUCAUGAAGGAAAAUGUGCAAUCAACAUUGGGGAAGUUUAAGAUGGAGAAAUCUCCAUAUAUGCAUAGACUUAGGUGGCAUUCUCCGAUUGUAAAGCUGACAUUUUGGUCUUUUGUGUUCUUGGGGUUGAUUCUGGUGUUCUUUUUUAGAUCACCAUCUACAUCCUCACCAUUGGGCUCGGAUGUCUCUCGACGGUCCUUAAGUACCAAUUCUUGGGGUGGCCCGGCUUGGGAGAAGAGAGUUAGAUCUUCUGCUAAAGUCCGGUCUCGAAAUGGGAUCUCAGUUCUUGUUACAGGGGCUGCGGGGUUUGUUGGAACCCAUGUUUCUGCGGCCUUGAAACGUCGUGGCGAUGGGGUUUUAGGGCUUGAUAAUUUUAAUGACUAUUACGAUCCUACACUUAAACGAGCACGCCAGGCGCUUUUGGAGCGUUCGGGUGUGUAUAUUGUGGAGGGUGAUAUUAAUGAUAAGGCCCUAUUGGAGAAGUUAUUUGAGGUUGUGGCAUUUACUCAUGUGAUGCAUUUGGCGGCUCAGGCCGGUGUUAGGUAUGCAAUGGUGAAUCCUGGCUCGUAUAUUCAUAGCAAUAUAGCUGGGUUUGUUAGUUUGCUUGAAGUUUGUAAGUCUGCAAAUCCGCAACCUGCAAUUGUUUGGGCAUCGUCGAGUUCUGUUUAUGGACUUAAUACGAAAGUGCCCUUUUCGGAAAAAGACAGAACAGAUCAACCUGCUAGUCUGUAUGCUGCUACUAAGAAGGCUGGUGAAGAGAUUGCACAUACUUACAAUCAUAUAUAUGGACUGUCGCUUACUGGAUUGCGGUUCUUUACUGUCUAUGGUCCUUGGGGAAGACCUGACAUGGCUUAUUUCUUCUUCACAAAAGAUAUAUUGAAAGGGAAGUCAAUUCAGAUAUUUGAAGCUGCCAAUCAUGGCACGGUGGCUAGGGACUUUACGUAUAUUGAUGAUAUUGUUAAGGGUUGUUUGGCAUCACUGGAUACUGCUGAGAAGAGUACAGGUAGUGGGGGGAAGAAGAAGGGGCCGGCUCAACUGAGGGUGUUCAAUUUGGGAAAUACUUCACCUGUACCAGUUACGAAUCUUGUGAAUAUUUUGGAGCGGUUGCUGAAAGUGAAGGCGAAGAAAUCUAUAAUGAAGUUGCCUCGAAAUGGAGAUGUGCAAUUUACUCAUGCAAACAUUAGCUCAGCACGGAGAGAACUUGGAUACAAGCCCUCGACAGAUUUGCAAACAGGGUUGAAGAAAUUUGUCAAAUGGUACCUCAGUUACUAUGGUGAAGGUAAGAAGAGUGCCAAGUGAUAUGUUUUUCUGUGGUAUGGUCAUUUUAAUCCGUCUGCACAUUCAAUUCAUAUAUGACUGUUUAAGUCUCUCUAUGUUCCUUCUGCGGUAUCUGUUUCAUAUAUAUCUUAGUGAGGUCAUAUCCCAUGGUUAAGAAGAGAGUUAUAUUCUUUUUCGAUGGGGCGGGGAUUGUACUGGCCGUUGUGAUCAUACUAAAUGUUAUGCAGAACCAUUUUGUUUUUGCUCUUCAACUGUAAUUGUUGUAAAACUAUUUUCUGAUUGGUGGACCUGUAUCAUCUUUAUGGGAUUCAAUAAAAUGGCACGCAGGUAGUCGGCUAUUAUAGUUUA